GUCAGACGCUAACGCUACGGAAACUUUUGUCAUUUUAUUUUGUUUUAUCAUGCUGAGAAAGUGUUUUUAUUCAAGUGCUUUGCGAGCUCCAUUUAAACGCCACUAAUAUCGCAUAUUUUGUGCUGCAUUAACACUAACAAACAAACAAUUGUGAUGCGAAAGACCCGCUCGCAAACUCAGGCGGAAAAUGCCGCUUCAACCACACCGCAGCAAUCAGCACCAACAGCAGUAAACACAUUUGAUGCGGCUAAAUUUAAGGAAUGUGAGCAAAUGGUGCAGAUGCUACGCGUCGUAGAGCUGCAAAAAAUCUUAUCGUUUCUGAACAUUUCCUUCGCUGGACGAAAAACCGAUCUGCAAAGUCGCAUCCUAUCGUUCCUGCGUACUAACUUGGAGCUGCUCGCACCCAAGGUACAAGAAGUUUACGCUCAAUCCGUGCAAGAACAAAGCGCCACGCUGCAGUACAUAGACCCAACCAGGAUGUACUCGCACAUGCAGCUGCCCACUGUGCAGCCAAAUAAUGCGAGUCUUGUGGGCGGUGCACCGGCCCAGGUGCCACAAGUGGGCGCCGGCAAUCCCGCCCAGAUGCCUGUCGGCGCUGGCGGUGCGCCCGGCAAUAUGAUACCCUACCUGCACUCGCACACUAUGAACAGCCAAAUGCCCAUACAUCCCGAUGUGCGUCUGAAAAAGCUUGCAUUCUACGAUGUCCUCGGCACACUCAUCAAACCAUCGACUCUGGUGCCGCGCAAUACGCAGCGGGUGCAAGAGGUGCCUUUCUAUUUUACGCUGACGCCACAGCAGGCUACAGAGAUCGCCACAAAUCGCGAUAUACGCAACAGUUCAAAGGUGGAGCACGCCAUACAGGUGCAGCUGCGCUUCUGUCUCGUGGAGACAUCGUGCGACCAGGAGGAUUGCUUUCCACCCAGUGUCAAUGUCAAAGUGAACAACAAAUUGUGUCAGCUGCCUAAUGUCAUUCCUACAAAUCGCCCAAACGUGGAACCAAAACGUCCACCACGGCCGGUGAAUGUGACCUCAAAUGUCAAACUGUCGCCGACUGUGACAAACACAAUAACGGUCCAAUGGUGUCCGGACUAUACGCGCAGCUACUGCCUCGCCGUCUAUUUGGUAAAGAAACUAACAUCCGCACAGCUGCUGCACCGCAUGAAGACUAAGGGUGUUAAGCCCGCGGAUUACACGCGUGCUCUGAUUAAGGAGAAGCUUACCGAAGACGCUGACUGCGAGAUAGCUACGACCAUGUUGAAGGUGUCGCUUAAUUGCCCAUUGGGCAAAAUGAAAAUGUCGCUGCCGUGCCGAGCAUCAACAUGCUCCCACUUGCAGUGCUUUGAUGCCAGUCUCUACCUGCAAAUGAACGAGCGCAAGCCCACCUGGAAUUGUCCCGUCUGCGACAGACCGGCCAUCUACGAUCAUUUAGUAAUCGAUGGCUAUUUUCAAGAGGUAUUAGGCUCGUCGCUGCUGAAAAGCGACGACACUGAGAUUCAGCUGCAUCAGGAUGGCUCCUGGAGCACUCCGGGCUUGCGCAGCGAGACCCAGAUACUGGACACGCCGUCAAAGCCUGUUUCUAAAGUGGAGGUCAUAUCGGAUGAUGUCGAACUGAUUGAUGACACAAAGCCGAUGAAGUCUGAUCUGUCUCCAGCGCCCGAGGAGCAGCCAACGUCCACGUCCAACAGUGAAACCGUGGAUCUAACCUUAAGUGAUUCGGAUGAUGAUAUGCCGCUGGCCAAGCGGCGACCGCCAGCCAAGCAAGCGGCUGCCACGUCCACAUCGAACGGUACGGGCGCCGCCCAACGUGCCUAUGCCUCGUCACAGCAGCAGCAGCAGCCGCCGGCAAAAACUGAUUCCCCCGAGCAGCAAACACAGCAAGCGAUGCCGUCGCCUGAAACGCUACAACAACAACUUUUGGUUGGGGAUCAGCCAACGGCUGCAAUGCAUGCCAGUCUAUUGGAGUCCCUCGCCGCUGCAGUCGCGGAUCAAAAGCAUUUUCAACUCUUGGAUCUGGCUGCAGUGGCGGCCGCUGCUGCUGCCACGGCGUCUGCCUCAGCGCAGAAUCCAAAUACAGCUCCAUAGACACACACACAAAAACAAACACACACACACAUACAUACAUAUAUGUAAUAAUUGUAAACAGUUUCACACACACAUACACAAACACAAGAUUGUGCUUUUACAUGUUUUGCUUUUGUUUUUUGUUUUCGUUGGCUUUGCUAUAUUUUGUUGCCCACUUUCGCUCGUUUCCUUUGCGCUGGCAUUUAAUCCCACACACGCACACACAUCUAUAUAUAUAUGUACUAUAUGCCGAGUAUCAGAGGCUAUUUAACUGACAUUUUCAUGCAAUAAAUUUAAUUGAAAACAAAGUUCACAUUCAUUUAAACGCGGCUGCUUUUUAGAGAGUUAACGGGUGUUAGGCAGAACUUAGCGUAGACUUUAAUACAAAGCAUUUUUACCGUGUGCUCUUUCUCCUUUAAGCUGGAGACCCUUAAAAUCUCACUUCUGGCGGCAUUUCUCACCUAUUUCUCUCUUGUGCUUAUUUUAUUCGCUUGAUCAUUACGAUUAAUUUCAUAUCAU